GAGAAGAAGUAUGGCCAAAAGUUUGUCAAUAGAGGUGAUUUGGUGUUGUAAUUAAACAGUGUUAUAUAUAUUUGGUCUGUUGAAGAUAUCAAAAUUCUUUCUUGCUACUUGCUUGUAUGUGACAGCAUAAUGCAGUUUGCUUUUAUAUUGUUUACAAUUUUUGUUUUUGAGAUUUAUUCUGUAAAAGGAUAUAGGAACUACAUUAGUUUACGAGGAAAAUCAAAUACUGGGCGAGUGUUGGUGAAAAUCAAUGGAACUUGGGGACAGAUCUGCAGCACGAGAUGGUCUAUUAGAGAUGCCACUGUAGCAUGUCGACAGUUAGGCUUCAGUGGUGCACUUGACAAUCAAACAAAGAACAACAUAUCAAUGGAUCGACAUCCUGUUUUACUGAGCAAUGUAAACUGCAAUGGAUCAGAAACAAAUAUAAUGGAUUGCAAAAGCAUAAAAGACCCAACCAGAAUUCAUUGUAGAUCGAAAACUCCCGCAGUUGUCACAUGCGCACUACCUUCACAAAGACCAGAUGCAGACCGACAACCUUGUCUAUCAAAUCAGUUUUUAUGUAAGAGUAAGAAUAUCUGUAUACCUGAAUAUUGGCGAUGUGAUGGACGAAACCAUUGUGGUAACAAUGAAGAUGAACAAAAUUGCGUACCACAUAACUUUUACCCUUCUGAGAAAACUGAAGUUCGUCUAGUUGGUAAAUUGCCAUUUUCUGGACGAUUGGAAGUUAAAUAUGGUAAUGUUUGGGGAACAGUUUGUGAUGAUGGGUUUAGAAGAAGAUCAGCAAAUGUUGUGUGUAGACAACUGGGUUUUCUCUCAGCUGUAUAUCCUUAUCGAAGUCUACCGACGUUGAGAAGUGGUCAAAUCUGGAUGGAUAACGUAAAGUGUAACGGAAGUGAAAAUUCGAUAUUUGAUUGUAUUGGAAAUCCAUUUGGAACCAAUGACUGUGUGCACAAGGAAGAUGUCUGGAUUGCUUGUCAGCCAGGUUGUGGGUAUCAAUUUUUCCCAAUACUAGAAAGAAGUUAUCGGAUCGUUGGAGGACAGGCAGUUACAAGAGGAAGCUGGCCUUGGCAAGCGUCAAUUUUGUUAAUUUUACCCACAGGGAUAGAAGAACCCUACUGUGGAGGAACAUUGAUAGAAAAUCAGUGGGUUCUGACAGCUGCACACUGCUUCGAUAGAUUAAAAGAUGUGUCGAGUGUCCGUGUCAGACUAGGGGACUAUAAUAAGGAUGUUAAUGAAAGUCAAGAACAGGAAUUUAGCAUCAAACAGCUAAUUAAACACAACUGGUAUAGAAUUGGAAGACAUCCAGCUGAUAUAGCAUUGAUCAAGUUGGAUAGACCAGCCAUAACAACAAGAUACGUGCAGAAUAUUUGUUUACCAGGUACAGACACACGUCCAUUUAAUGGAAGUGAUUUCUGUUAUGUGACUGGAUGGGGAGAUACUAGAGGUACAGGCAAUAAAAGCAUAAUGCAGCAAAUAAGAGUUCCAAUAUUUUCAUAUUCUGAUUGUCGAAGUAAAUAUGGGUCGACCUUACCCCCCGGUAUGAUAUGUGCAGGAUACGAGAUGGGAGGAAAAGAUGCAUGCCAGGGUGAUUCCGGAGGACCAUUAAUGUGCAGACGAAAUAAUCAAUGGACUAUAGUAGGGGUUGUAUCCUGGGGAGAUGGGUGUGGCCGUAUGAAUAAGCCGGGUGUUUAUACUGAAGUAUCGACUUACGUAAAAUGGAUACUCAAUAUUAUUCACCCUCCCCCAACAACUCCGGGCAUAUCUCAUAUAUUUGGAUGAGUUCAAUGGACGACGAAAAAGAACUUUUUAUCAAUAUAUGGUCCAUCAAAAUAGCACACAUCCCAACCAAUAUGUAUUCCAAAACAUAAAAUGUGAUUAUAAAUUUUGUUGAAUUCUUAAGAUAUAUUUUUUAUACUUAUCUUUGGAAUACAUUUUUGUACCAAAUAGUAUCAAAUGGUGAUAUAAACAGUGUAAACAAAUUCCAUAAAUACAUGUAUGUUAAUAAGUUAUGAAAUUCAGGUUUAUAGUAAAAAAAAAAUAUUCAUGUCAUUUGGUAGUACUAACCAUAUUUUUCUGGCAAUUGAUAUUACAGUUUAAUCCAGACUGACAACAACAAAACUGUACAAUCGUGGUGUCACAUUUUAUGUGUUUGCUUUAACACCUAUAGCAGAAUGUCUUGUAACAUUCAAAUCUGAAUUUCAUUGUAUGAAUCUCAUAACUGAUAAUGAUUUA